GAUGGUCGGAAGGUCCUGCGGUCAAGCAUUCGGGAGUUCCUGUGCAGCGAGGCGAUGUUUCACCUGGGCAUACCAACAACGAGGGCUGGGACGUGUGUGACGUCUGACUCCAAAGUUGUCCGUGACGUAUUUUAUGAUGGGAAUCCAAAAAAUGAAAGGUGUACAGUUGUUCUGAGAAUAGCCUCUACGUUUAUAAGGUUUGGUUCUUUUGAAAUUUUUAAACCCCCUGAUGAAUACACUGGACGCAAGGGCCCCAGCGUGAACAGAAAUGAUAUUAGAAUACAGAUGCUUGAUUAUGUGAUCAGCACUUUCUACCCAGAAAUCCAGGAGGCUCAUUCAGACAACAGUGUUCAGAGGAAUGCUGCUUUCUUCAAAGAGAUAACAAAGCGCACAGCGAGGUUGGUAGCUGAGUGGCAGUGUGUUGGGUUUUGCCACGGUGUGCUGAACACAGAUAACAUGAGCAUCGUUGGACUGACCAUUGACUAUGGCCCUUUUGGAUUUAUGGACAGGUAUGACCCUGAGCAUGUCUGCAAUGGUUCUGAUAACACAGGGCGCUAUGCUUACAACAAACAGCCAGAGGUUUGCAAGUGGAACCUGGGAAAACUUGCUGAAGCUCUAGUUCCAGAGCUGCCCUUGGAAAUAAGCGAACUCAUCCUGGAAGAGGAAUAUGAUGCUGAGUUUGAGAAACAUUAUUUGCAGAAGAUGAGGAAAAAACUAGGCUUAAUCCAGUUGGAAUUACAAGAAGAUAGUAAGCUGGUGUCUGAACUCCUUGAAACCAUGCACCUCACAGGUGGUGACUUCACAAAUAUUUUCUGCUUGAUGAGUUCAUUCCCAGUAGACUCUGAUCCUUCAAAAGAUGAAGAUUUCUUAGAAGAGCUUACAAGUCAGUGUGCUUCUGUGGAAGAACUAAAAGUUGCUUUCAAACCACAGAUGGAUCCAAGACAACUGUCAAUGAUGCUGAUGUUGGCUCAGUCUAAUCCACAGCUCUUUGCAUUAAUUGGAACAAAAGCUAAUAUAAAUAAAGAACUAGAACGCAUUGAACAAUUCUCUAAACUUCAGCAGUUAACAGCAGCUGAUUUACUCAGCAGAAAUAAAGGACACUGGAAAGCUGGAGAAAGUAAGGCUUCUCAAGUCCGUUUGCAAAAAGAAGUGGAAAGUGUUGGUGAUGCUGAUGCCUGGAACGCUGAUCGUGUGAAGGUUAUGAAUUCAAACAAUCCAAAAUAUGUGUUGAGAAAUUAUAUUGCCCAGAAUGCCAUAGAAGCGGCUGAAAAUGGGGAUUUCUCAGAGGUAAGAAAUGUACUGAAACUUUUAGAGCAUCCAUUCCAAGAAGCAGAAGGUUUCAGGGAGGUAAAGGAAGAUGCAGAAGAGGAGGGAGCAACAGCUCCAGCAGCUGCUUGUGCUGAAGAGACCAGGAGCAGAUUGCCAUAUUGCAGCAAACCUCCGCUCUGGGCUUCAGAGCUCUGUGUUACAUGA